AUACCAUUGUAAAAUUAGUUUUAUUCCUGCUAGCUAAGAAUUUAGGGAUCAGUCGAAUUAAUUUUCAGUACUAAUUAGAUUCUAAUUUUUGAAUUGUCAUUACAUAUUUCAGUCACUGGAAAUGGGGAACAAUCGAGAUUUUAAUCCAUUCUUGUUUCCCUCUACAAACUCUAAAUCUAAUCCUCCCUCUUCACCGUCGUCACCUUCAUCUUCCGAGUCUUUUCCAAGCAUAACAUCUCCUCUUCAGUCUCCUCCAAGUCUUCUACUAGCACCUGAUUCCCAGUGCUCUUCAACUCCCCUCCCACCUCCUACUGCGGAUGCUGGACCUCCUCUUCCUCCUCUCCUUCGUGCUGCUGUUGUUCGUCCUCCUUGUGAUGCCUGCAAACUCCUUCGUCGGCGAUGCACCGAGAAAUGUCUUUUCGCUCCUUUUUUUCCUCCCAAUGGGCCAUUCAAUUUCAGCACUGUUCAUAGAGUCUUUGGAGCAAGCAAUAUCAACAAACUCUUACAGAAAAUCUAUAAGGGCUCUUUCAAGCUUGAAUUGUUCAUAUGCCAACACCAGCAACUUCCAGAGUCUCAAAGAGCAGAUGCAAUAAACAGCAUGGUGUAUGAAGCAAAUGCAAGAAUCCGAGACCCGAUCUAUGGCAGCGCUGGUGAAAUUCGUCGACUUAAAGAACAGGUUAAAGAGCUCCAAGCACGAAUCGGCGAGGAAGUUUCUGAGAAUGAAAGCAAUAGUAGAUCUAAUUUUCAUUGAUAUGAAAUGAAAUGAAAUGAUCUGUGAAGUGUAACCAAUCUUCUAUCAGUAGCAACUAUAGGACGUCAUAUACUUGGAAAAAAUUCAAUGGAGUAGUUAUUAUUAAUUAUUUUAUAA